AUGACGGUUGACUUUUUGCAGCGAAAACGCUCCAAGCGCGAGGCGAAGAAGGCGCGCGCGGCGUCGCGCGUGGACGAGAACGGACGGCGUAUUCGUGGGAAAAAGGGGCCGAAGAGAGCGCUGAGAGGGAUGUGCGCGAACGCGCCGCCGACGCCGCCGGCGCUUCGAGAGGAGGACGAGCGAGAGGAGGCGCGACGUAGCGGCGAAAAGAGAAGGGCGGAGCGAGAGCGGGUGGCGAGUAAGGCGCUGCGGAAGAAGAUGCGGGCGGCGAGGGAGGAUUUAAAGACAGGAGACGAGGCGAUGGGGGAGAUGGAGGGCGGGGGUGAGAUCGUUGUGGAUGGUGAGGGGUCGGCGGUGCCGGAUUAUUUCAUGGACGCAAUGAAGAGCAUCGGGCAUCGAAGGACGACGCCAGUGCAGCGCGGUUGCUGGCCGGCGGCGUGCGCGGGAAAGGAUGUACUCGCGAUCGCGCCGCCGGGGAGCGGGAAGACACUCGGAUUUUUGUUGCCUGCGAUCGAGGUCGCGCUCCGUGAUCUAAGGGAAAAUCCGAACGCUGGCAAGAAGUACCCGGGGUCGCCGGCGGCGCUCGUAGUGGCGCCCACUCGCGAGCUCACGCUGCAAAUCUCCACCGUGUGUAACAAGCUCAAGAAGGCGGUCCCGGUUCGCUCAGUGGCAGUGUACGGCGGCGUAUCGCAAGAAGAUCAAGAAGAAGCGUUGGGGCAGCACACUUCCCACGCUUUUCUAGUCAUCGGGACACCAGGUCGGUUGAACGCAGUACUCGAAUCCGGCGCGCUGAAGUUGGAUCGAUGCAAGAUCCUCGUCUUGGACGAGGCCGACCGCAUGCUCGCCCUCGGGUUCGAGGAGCAGUUGUUGAAGAUUCGUGAUGCACUUCCGAACGCUAACGACGGCAGACAGACCUUGCUAUUCAGCGCGACGUUCCCCAAGGCGGUGCGAACAAUUAGCAAGUCGUGGCUCGGCGAAGGCUUCGAGACAGUGAAGAUUGAAGUUGCAGACGGUAAAUCGGGGACGAUGGCGGGGAAAAGCGAUGACGAAAUGACAACACAUAUGGCUACCGUUGAACAAACCGUGCACGUUUGCGCCGAGCACAAGAAGAGCCGGAAACUGAUGAAGUAUAUUACCAAGCUUCGCGCCGCCGACGGCAGAGCUCGAAGCCGAGUCCUCGUCUUUGCAAAUCGCAUCAAAACGGUCCAAUUCAUCGCCGAACUCUGCAAGCGGCACAACGAAAAGGUGAGCACGCUCUUCGGUACGAUGAAACAGGAGCGACGAGACCAAGCCAUGAAAGAUUUCAAGGCAGGGAAGACGCCCGUAUUGAUUGCCACGGAUGUCGCCGGUCGAGGUCUGGACAUCGCGGGGUUGGAGUAUGUUGUGAACUGGGAUUUCCCGGGUAGCAUUGAGCAAUAUCGCCAUCGCGUCGGUCGAGCCGGGCGCCAGGGCAAACGUGGUGCCGCACUCUCAUUUUUUACACGCAAGUUUGCGCCGCUCGCCGGAGAUUUGAUUGAGCUCUUGAAGAAGGGUGACCACUUCGUCGAUCCAAAUCUAGAAAUCUUGGCAAAGGUCGCUGCGAGUCUUCCGAAGACAAAUGCGAAGAGUGUCAAGAACGCCGAUCGGUUCAACGAAGAUCCCGCUGAUGAACAUGGCGAAUUGGAGGUGGAGGAAGAAGAAGAUGAGAACAACGAUGCGGAGAAGAAGCCAGCCGCGGGAAAGCAAGAUGAUUGGCGACGAGGUGAACAUGUGGAAAGCGAAGCGGGCGAUGAGGAAGACGAUGACUGUGACAUGCGGCGGAAGAAGGCAUGGUGGAAUAGCGACAAGUCUGGACGCGGUGGUGUGUUUGUGAAAAAAUUCACGGGAUCGAUGGGAGGGAAACGUAAAGUCUCUGUUGGUCCGAGCGCGGCUGAGAUUGAAAAGAAGAAGAAACGCUCGAUGAAGUAG